GUUGGGGCUGAGGGUCUGGUGUCCCCGAGCGGGCUGUGCCUCGGGAGCGGGGCGGCGGCGGGGCUUGCUGGCCCGGGUGCGGAGAGGGAGGCUGCCCGCUGAGCGCGGGGCUGCGGGCCGGGCCGCCCCGCCUCAGGAGCGGCGCUUAGUUAGGCCGCGCGGCCGUGCCUCAGGGCCUGAGGGCAGCGGGCGCCUUUUUAGUGGUUCCUGCUGUGGGAGCAACGUCUUCGCACUGAGCUGGGCAGAGUUGUGCGGGGGGACGCGGGCUGAAUUUACCUUAUUUUUAAACCUGGGGCAGCCGAAGCUUUAUUAAUCACCCCCCGGCUGAGCUACAGCAGUGUCUGUGGGCCAGGCCCCUGCAGCAAAGUCCAACAUCAUUACUGGCUCUGACAGCGAACAACGUGAAACAAUAUGUUAAUAUCACAGGUGACUUCCCAGUUACUGAAGGCUUCACGAAUUGCAGGCCGCCUUUUGCCAAGGUCAGUGUCUUCGUUUCUUUGCUGUCACUCUACAUCUGCGCACUAUAGCACACAGCCAUCGAACAAGAGUGGAGCCCAGCCUCACCAGUGGUAUGCUCUGGACCCUGAACUGGAAGAGAUGCUGAUCCCCAGAAAGCUUUCCAUCAGCCCCUUAGAAAGCUGGCUGACAGUUAGGUACUCCCUUCCUAAAGCAGAAGUCCUUAAUGCUCAGGAAGAAGUGGGCUAUGAACCUCUCCAGCAAUAUGACUGUCCCCCGUCUGAUGAGGGAGCUGAUGUGGAGGAAGGAGAAGGAGUGCUUAACAACAAGUUUCAGUGUAAGAACGUUUUGAAGAUUCGCAGAAGGAAAAUGAAUCGUCACAAGUUCAAAAAGCUGCUAAAGCGAAGAAAGUUUGUACGGAGGAGGAUAAAAGAAGGCCGCAAGAAGAAACGUCAGGUGAAAUUUGAGAAAGAUUUGGAGCGCAUCUGGAAAAGAGCUGGUUUGAAAAAUCCUCCUGCAGGAUGGCAAACGCCCAAGAUAUUUCUGAAAAGUUCAAAGCGAUAAAAAUACUCGUAAUGAGUUUUAAUGUGUAAUUGUAAUUAAAAGAUAUUUAAGUAUGUGGAUUACUUUUAA